UUUUGGACCUCGAGAAAAUGGCCAGGGACAACAAAGCUGCCUUGAAGUUUAACGGUGCUGGAUCUCAUGCUGUCCUGAAUCAGCCCAUAAUGUCACGAAACACCCCGACCGAGCAGGUCCUCUUCGCUGUUCUUCGAUCUGGUAUUUCCGUCGGGGUGCUCUUUGACACUCAACUACGUGCCUUUUCGCGUCGCACGGAUGCUGGCCAGGUGGAUACUCUCCGUGCCGUCUUUGCCAACAGUACAGCGCUCAAGAACGCAUCAGAAUACUUUUCUCGUCUGCUCUCGACCGAGUGGGCCGACAUCGAGUCGUCGGAUUCUGAAGUGGAAUAUGAUUACGAAUCGGACAGUGACCUUGAAGAUACGGAUGAUGGAGAGGAUGUCAAUGAUUAUGUUUUCGAUGAGCUUCCAUUCGCAAUGCGCAGCGCUCUGGCAGCAGAUGACGAGAAGUCCGAAUCGACGAAGUCAGCGGACGAAGAUGUGGAUGACGCUUUUACUCUAUCUAAGCUUGAUGCAACGCUCAUGACAAGCUCGACAGCUGAGGUCUCGUGCAAUAUCGCUCAGAUCACCCGAACUCUCCCUGCCGUGGCGCACAAGACUUUGGAAGCAUUCGUUUACUAUACGAUGACUGGCAAGAUUGAAUUCGCGCCUCUCAAAUCCCAGCCUCCGUCUGUACGUAGGGAGAAAGCGCAAGCUGAAAGAAAACCGUUCGAUCCUCCCUUGUGCUCGCCUAAAUCAAUGUAUCGAUUUGCUCAUAUGUGCGAGAUGGACCAGCUGAAGAACCUCGCCUUGAAAGACAUCGAAUCCAAGUUAUCCGUGGACAACAUCCUCGAGGAAUUAUUCUCGAGGCUGACAUGCAGAUAUCUUGAAUUGCAGAAAUUGGAGGUAUCAUACCUUCUCAAAAACCUCUCAGCGAACUUGAUGUCCUUCAUACCGGGUUGGAUCGCAAAAGUAGCUUCAGGAGAGUUAGGUCCAAUGGGCGGUGACGUUCUCGCUAUCUUGUUCGAGAAGCUCGCGGAGAAAGUGAUCAGUCUCAAUGAUAAACCCGCGCUCAAGUGCAGGUAUUGCUACAGCACCAAUUGCAAUCGCCGCUGCCAUAAUUGUGGACGUAACUUCUAGACGAGUAAAGACUGUACGUAUGUGAGCGUAAGCUGGUUGUGUCCUUUUCUGGCCGAAAUGUCCCAUAGAUUCGAGUGGCCCUUGUUGCGUCCAUGUUGUUGCGCUGUGCUCUGCUUUGUCGAAUGCUUUAUUUGGACAUAGCGUCCGCUGUAACCUAGUAUGUUUCGAAGUUGAAUAUUACGCC